UUUUCCUGACAUUUCUCUCAAAUUUAUACGUUUUAAUCCGAUUUUGAUAGAUAUCUCAAGAACACCCCUUUUAUUUCUCGAUUUUUCAAUUUUAAAAGAUUUUUCUGAGAGUUUCCCACUUUUUUCGCUUAUUUGUACAGAGUAAAAUAAGUAUAACCUUCGUGGGAUAUUGUAAAAGUUGGGUUUCGAGUUAUCAGAAAAAUUAGCUCCUAUUGAAUAAUAUUCAGUUGUUUACUUAUAAUAGUCAUUUAUUGCGUUUAACUGUUUCAAAAUCAGAAUCCCUUACAUAUAUAGAUGACAGUAGUCUAAAAAACAGACCAAUAAAUAAAAAACAAUAUAAAUAUAAAUAUUUUCAUCAUGAAGAAAUCUUCGUUAUUAGAGAAAAGUUAUAGGAUCAGCGUACCAUUAAAAAUCUUACGCGCCUAAAUUUAUCCUAACCGUAAACAGACUGUUACGGCACCGAUUAAUUCAGUUCAUUUUAACAUCAUGGGUGCUCACUCCUGAAAAAAAGUACAAAAAAGACAAAACAACAGUUGAAACUUUGCCUUCAGUAGGACUAAACUGGGAGCACCAUGUUGAAAGGUAGGAACUGUACCGUGUAGGCACCAAACUCUGCGCAAAACCCACUAAGCUCAAAAGUUUUUCUUCCAAUACAAAUUGUUUAAGAGUUCCAAAAUUAACUAAAUUUUCUCCCAAUUACUGUUUUUUCUAGUUGACGUUACAUCUAAAAAUAGUGCUGAAAAGCAUGAAGUCUGAUGAAUAUUUGUCUAUAAUCAACUAAAAAUUGACCAAAAUGUCACUUAAGCCACUAUGUAUCUGGGGGCCCCUCAAUUGAAACAGAUAGUUCACAAUACUGACUUUUAUUUCUACUUUAUCUACGGUAGAACUAUAAGCACAACAUCUUAUUAUUGUUUAUCAUUGUUCUAUCUAUGCCAGUUCAUUAUAGGAGUCCGUUGGGACUGUUCAGCGAUUACAGGCAGUGUAGCUCAGAGGAGAAUCAAUGUACAAUUACGACUAGAGCGUUUGUUCGAAUGGUUGGGUGGAGGAUGGAAAACAUUUCUUUAUGGUGAUUUCAAAGACUAAACAUUUGUCAUGUAUUAGAGUGAAUUUUUGAUAAGAUCUAGAGUCUAGACCAACAGGUGCUCCUCUCACAUGUUGGUCUAGUAAGUUGAAAAUUCAAUCCCACAACAAUAUCAAACUUGUUUAGGGUAGUAUAUUAAUUAUAUUGAUUAAAUGUUUAUGUAAUUUAGUUUUUUUACUAUUACGAAUGAUAUGCUCGAUAGGUGAUAUAAUAUAUGUAAUACAUGACGAUAAUAAUAUUAACCAAUGAAUGUCAUACUGUAGGUUCACAUUUCCCUAAAUACUCGAAGCACUACUUUAAAAUUGUCUAUCGUUGUUAAUACAAAUAUUACUCUGUACAAAGAAGCGGAAAAGAUGGGAAACUGUCAAAAAAAUCUUUUAAAAUUAAAAAAUCGACAAAAAAGAGGGGUGUUUUUGAGAAAUCUUUCAAAAUAGGAUUAAAACACAUAAAUGAUAGAUAAAUUUCAAGAAAUCCGUGUUGUGAUUAUUUCUAUCAGAUUCUACGCAGAAAAAGCUUUUUAGGGACAUAAAAAGAUAAACAGAGUGACUUCUGGCUGACCAGAUAUGAGUGAAUGCAUAUUGCGUUUUACGAGAUUUUUUCAAAAAUAAUUAAAAAUUCAAAUUUUGUUGUGGAUUGAACGAAUGAUCUCCGAGUGUUAGAAAUCGAGCUGAGAGUUUUUUAAGGCAGGCUCUAUUCAACUAGAAUAUAUAAAUUAGUAUUUGAAAGAUUAGUGGCAAAAACAUAUGAAAAAUUUGUCGAUUUGACAUGGAAUGACCCACAUUUUAUUUGGAUGAAUACAAAAUGUAUCAAGUAUCGUAAAACUUUAGUAUGGUAAAACAUGUAUUUUCAACGCAAUAUGGUAUAUCAAGAUAAGCACUUCAGGUUUGAAAUAUUUUUGGGAGAAAAGGUAUUAUUUAUUAGUCAUUUUAGAAAUUUGUAAAACUUAAAUCUUCUCUGAGCAGCAUUACCAUUUUUUAAAUAUUUCUAUGUGUUGUAUUAUAGAUUUACUCAGGAAAGAAUGAAAACUAUUUCAUACUUGUCAUAACAAAAUCUUGUACAAUUUUUAUACCAUCAAAAACUGUUAGCAGAAUGUUUAUGUUAUAUUUACUAUUUAUUGAUUCCUUUUAAAUUCUCAAUUAUUCAAAUACAAAUAUUCAAACAAAUUUCAGGUUGGUACCAAGGAGAAAACAGAUUAAUGGAAUUUGCUGUGCCUCGGAUUUGGCAUUCACCUUCAAAUCAUCAAACCGACUGUUAUUUUUGUGUUGUGAAUUUGGCUAGUGGUCAAAAAAAGUCAACUUACCCUGAUAUCCCUUCAUCACGUGCGCCAAUUCCACAUUCCGCUGAACGCCCCAUACCUCAACGUACCUGUGAAACGGCUGUUAGUACCACUACAAUAUCGACAGUUAGUGGAAGUUCUGUCCCAAGUAGUGAGUCUUUACAACUUCAAGGAGGAGUGCUCAAUAUUCCACAUUAUCCGAAUCAAACGGAAAUAAAUGAUUUGAUUCGUGACCUUGCACUCCCUAAAAACAAAAGCGAAUUAUUGUUAUCUAGGCUGAAGCAAUGGAGUUUGCUGGAUGAAUCCGUCAGAAUAACAUCCCAGAGAACUCGCGAUGAAGAGUUUUCCUCCUAUUACACCAGCGAAGAUGGAAUUUGCUUUUGUAGAGAUAUCGAGGGUCUAUUUUCUGAAAUCGGCAUUCCAUUGAUUGUAAGAGACUGGCGGCUCUUUAUUGAUGGCUCUUCAAAAAGUUUGAAGGUUGUGCUACUGCACAACCGCGUAAAAAGCGAGCAGUACCCAUCUCUACCCAUUGCACACUCCAUUCUCCUGAAAGAAAGUUAUGCCACAACAAAAUUGUUAUUCAACAAAAUUCAGUAUGAAAAAUUUGGUUGGGAGGUAAUAGGCGACUUUAAAAUGAUUGGUUUCCUAAUUGGAUUACAAGGAGGGUAUACUAAAUUCCCUUGUUUCCUGUGCCUGUGGGACAGCAGAGACACAGAGAACCACUAUAAAAUUAAAAAUUGGGAAAUCAGAGCCCAAUACAAAAUCGGCGAAAAAAAUGUUAAAAACGAUCCAGUAGUGAACAUGGAAAAAAUUUUAAUGCCACCUCUUCAUAUAAAACUUGGUUUGAUUAAGCAAUUCGUGAAAGCAUUGAAUAAGGAUUCGGAAUCAUUUAAGUUUAUAACAAAACUGUUUCCGAAACUUUCCGAGGCAAAAAUAACUGCCGGUGUUUUUACAGGACCACAAGUAAAAAAACUUAUAAAAUCGGAAUCGUUUCCGAAAUUAUUGAAUGAGAAAGAAAAGGCAGCCUGGAAAAGCUUUCGAGAUAUAGUUCAAGGAUUUUUAGGGAAUAAUCGUGAUCCAAGAUAUGAGGCCAUAGUACAUGAACUGAUGAAAAAUUUUGAAACCAUGGGGUGUCGAAUGUCACUAAAGGUGCACAUUCUUCAUUCUCAUUUGGAUAAAUUUAAAGAAAAUAUGGGUGUAUACUCAGAGGAACAAGGCGAACGUUUUCAUCAAGAUAUAAAACAUAUGGAGCAACGAUAUCAGUGCCAAGCAACAUCGAAAAUGAUGGGUGAUUAUGUGUGGAGUCUCAUGCGAGACACAACAACGGAGUAUACGCGUCAACCUAUUUCGAAAUUGCAUUUUUAAGUAUAUUAUAGUAUGUUAUUUUUCAAAUAAAAAUGUGUGCAAAAUGUGUAUAUUCGAAAUAUAUUUCCUAAAAUGUCUCAUUCGCA